AGCAUCUCUGAAUUCUCUCUUUAGUUUCUGAAUCCCAGAAACAAAAACACUCACAACCAAAAUUUGAUUUUGGAAGUUGGGAUUUUGAGUAUUUUGGGGUAUGGAAAUGUAUGGGCAGAGCACGACGGAGUCCGAUUUGGCGUUGCUGGAGUCGAUUCGUCUGCACUUGUUGGGGGAAUCGGAGUGUUGGAUGGCGACGAAUUCGGUUUCUGCUAAUGGAGAUUGGCCGGUUUACUGUCGGAGUUCGAGCUUUGGUAGCUUGGACUCUUGCCUGACGGAGAGUUGGGGCCAACUACCGCUCAAAGAGAACGACUCUGAAGAUAUGCUCGUCUUCGGUUUACUCCGUGAUGCGGUGACUGUUGGGUGGGCCCCGUCGGACAGUGACGCGAUGCCUAAUUACUCGGUGGUUAAGCCGGAACCUCAGGAAAUUUUGCCGGAGGUGGCGCCGGUAUUGCCUGCGCCGAAGGCGGUUCCGGUUAAGGGAAAGCAUUACAGGGGAGUGAGGCAGAGACCGUGGGGGAAGUUCGCGGCGGAAAUUAGGGAUCCGGCGAAGAACGGAGCUCGGGUUUGGUUGGGUACGUUCGAGACGGCUGAGGACGCGGCGCUGGCUUACGACAGAGCGGCUUAUAGGAUGCGAGGGUCUAGGGCGCUGUUGAAUUUCCCGUUGAGGGUGAAUUCAGGGGAGCCCGAUCCGGUAAGAAUCACAUCGAAGAGGGCAUCGCCGGAGCCAUCCCCAUCGUCGUCAUCUGGAUCGCCGAAGCGGAGGAAGAAGGCCGGCGGAUCGACUCCCGUGGCAGCUCAAACCGGGUUGGAAAUGGGUAAAGGAGCGGAGGUUAAGUAUGAGGUGGGGCAUUGUACACGUGUCGAACAGCUAUUAGUCACCUAGUGCUGACCAGGGACACACGUAAGCAAAUUGAAUUUGGAAACUUCAGAAGGGAUUAAUGUGUAUAGCUCACUAAAGUCUAUGGGGGCAAAUCCAUAAUUUUGGCAGAGCAGAAAUGAAGACAAAUAAAUAAAUAAAUAAAUAAAUAAAGAGAGAGAGAGAGAGAGGGAGGGAGAGGUUCGUAUUAAGAAACUGUUUGGUUUUGUGAAUACAAAAUUUGUUAUUUAUUGAGUGAACAGUUUUGCUUUAAUAAAGGGUUAUUUUUAUGGUUUAAAUUAUAUUAAAUUGUGAAAUAUAAA